AUGCAUGAAUUUGGGAUGAAACUGGAAUACGUUUCAAAUGGGAGGUUACCACGAACCUAUACAAACAUCUCUACAUGUAGGAUUAGUUACAAGAAGUUACAAAGUUUUAUGAAUCUCUGUGAAACACAAGUUGAAUCUCUGCAGCACUUAUUAAUUGAAUGUGAUCAUGCUAAAAGAAUCUGGUUGGAAAUGAAUGUGAAUGUAUCAGGAAUGCAGUCACAGCACAUUGAGAUAAUAUCUUGGAUAUCGAGUUGGUUUACCUCUACUCAAACAGACUUUGAGGAGAACCAACUAUGGAUCUCAAGAUUAAUGUGUACAUCUUGGCAUAUCUGGAAAAACAGAUGUGCUAAGGUUUUCAAUACCAAUGUCCUGAACUGUCGGCUUAUAUGUUCCUAUAUUACUCAAAUGGUAAACCAAUGCAUGCUGGAGGUUUCAAGUCAGUCUAAAUUGCAGACAGAAGAAACUCCGCCUGAAUGGUGCCCGCCUUCUUUUAACAGCUUCAAAAUAAACAUGGAUGCUUCAUUUGAUUAUAAUAAUAAGGAUGUAGGAAUUGGUCUAAUUCUCAGAGAUCAUGCAGGAACAACAAGAGCCAUCAGGGGCAGAUACUCAAAUGGAGGACUAGAUCCAGAGCAAGCGGAAUGUUGGGCAAUGAAACAGGCAGUUCUUUGGGCCAACGAACUUAAUCUCCGCAGUGUUAUCUUUGAAUCUGACUGUAAAAAUGAAAUUACAUCUAUCAGUGAUGUCAAGCCAACAGUCCACUGGAUGAACCAAGGCUAUAUAGAUGAAAUAAGGCAUCUACUUAAGAACUUUAUGUUUUCUGAAGUAAGUCAUGUUAAAAGACUAGCUAACAAUAUAGCUCAUGUAAUAGCUAUUGAUGCUAGAGCUAGGAAAUCUUCCUUUGAUUUUGAAUGUAACAUCCCUAAACCUUAUGAAAAUCUUGUUAGGGGUGAAAGGAAGGUUAACAAGAAGUUAUGUAAUAUUAUCGGCUAA